AGCGGCAUGUAAUUUUAAAGACGUUAAAUUAUAUAAAAUAUUGAGAAAAACGACAACAAAUAAUAAUGGCAUUGCGUUUAUUAAGUUUUGCGUUGAAUACAAACAUUCGCCGCUUGCCACAAUAUGCAACAACACUUGGCAGAUAUGUAAACACAACUUUUGCUGCUCAACAUGUUUUUAUGAAUUUGCAGUGUGAACAAAUUUACAAUUACAAACAAAAUCGUCGGCUGCACGUGCGUAUUUCAGAUCAGGAAGCCGGUCUGCAAACCAAACGUGAGGCCAACAGGAAUACAACCAUAUUAGAGGAAAAUGAAGUAACUGACAAAGUAGCAGAAAGUGUGAAAAGGAAGGAUAAAGUGGUGUCAACAAAGAAGAAGAUGGAAACUGCAGUUGAUUUUGGUGAUGCCGAUUCCUUUGGUGGCAAUCGGGAGAGUGAGAACGGGACAGAGAUAACAGCUGCUGAACUGGAGGAAGAGGAAUUUAUUAGUCGACCCACGAGAUACUCUAGAAAACUACGCACGAAGGAGUAUGCACGUCUCAUCAAGGAUCAUUUAAAUGCGAAUCGCAUAAAUGAGGCAAUUUCUGUAUUAGAGAUGCGCAUGUUGCGCGAAGAUCGCGUUAAACCCGAGAAUUAUAUAUACAAUUUGCUUAUCAGCGGCUGUGCCAAGGCGGGUUAUACAAGGAAGGCAUUCAGUCUGUACACCAAGAUGCGACAACGGGGCCUCAAGGUCACCGGUGGCACCUUCACCUCCCUCUUCAAUGCCUGCGCCAAUGCGCCCACUCACCUGGAUGGUCUGGCCAAGGCGCAACAGUUGCGGGACAAUAUGCUGGAGAAGGGCUACGAGCCGAAUGUGAAGAACUAUAAUGCCAUGAUCAAGGCAUAUGGUCGCUGUGGAGAUCUGCAGACCGCCUACCAGCUGGCAGAUGAGAUGCUGGAGCGGAAUAUCCACUUGCAUGUGGACACCUUCAACUUUCUGCUGCAAGCGUGCGCCAGUGAUGAGCAGCAGGGAUUCCGCUUUGCUCUGCUCACCUGGCACAAGAUGCUCCGGUGUCGGCUGAGUCCGGAUUACUACACUUUCAAUGCAAUGCUGCGCUGUGUCCGGGAUUGCGGAUUCGGGGAUCUCCAGGCGAUGCAACAGGUGAUUGCAGAGAUUGCCACGGGUGCACAGAAGCCACACUAUACCCAAAAGGGAAUUCCCCAGAUAACUGCCGGUAAUAGUCUGGUGCUGUCAACAAAUUCCUCGGAACUGGAACUGCAAGAGAUUAAGCCGACGGAGGAACUGGAGUUGCCCAACCUGCUGCUGCCUCAGGGGCAACUGGGCAGUCUGGUAGCCCUGGCUGAGGUGACGCGUCCGCAUGAACGCUUCCUGUUGCUGGGCGGUCUUACCGGUUAUCUGGACCUGAUGUUGGCGCACAAGAUCACGCCGGACAUUAAGAGCUUUACCACCAUGCUUGAGGUCAUACCGCCCACUAAUGCCGCCGAGAAGCAGCUGCUGAGCUUUGUCCGCAAGAUUGGCCUCAAGGCGGACAUUGAUUUCUUCAAUAUACUGAUCAAGAAGCGUUCGAUGCGCUUCGACUAUGAGAGUGCCCGCGAAGUGUUGACCAUGAUACGCACCACUGGACUCAAGCCGGACAUUGUCACCUAUGGUGUAUUGGCGCUGGGAUGCCGGAGCCAAGAGCAGGCACGGGAAUUGCUGCAACAAAUGCAGGCGGCAGACAUCAGGAUGAACAUUGCCAUACUGGGAGCCAUGCUGCGUCAGGGUUGUGCCCAGAAAUCCUUUGCGUAUGUCAACGAGAUCAUGCAGCUGUGUCUGGAGGAGAGCAUCAGACCAAAUGAGGCUUUCCUGCGACAUCUGCACAACUUUCACAGAGGCUGCGCCAGGGCCAUUGAUGCCAGGCAUCCAUCAACCAAAACGCCAGCAUUCAAAAAAGGUCACUCGAAAUUCUGUGAUAAAUAUCGCCUGUUCUAUGAGGAACAAGGAUUGUCCGGCCUGAAACUGGAGGAUGCAGUCAUCAAGCUGAAGGAACGUCCGUAUGCGCAGUACAAGGCGACUCCUGAGACGGGAAUGGAGCCAACGAAACAUGAGCAAGUGAAGCGCAAAACCAAAGCUCGGAAAUAUAUUAAGAAAAUUAAAAUAGAUCAACUCAGCGACGAUCCUUCCGAAUCGAAUCCCUUUAAAAGAAUAGCAUAGCCUUCAUCUAUUAUUUUAUAAUUGUUAAAUAAACUAUUUGGUCCCAGU